UAGCUACGAGAGUCGGGGGUAUAUGGGGGUGAAGAUCUCGAUAGUGCUCGUCAAUAACACCGCUGGCUCCCUUGUGUGGUUGACCCUCGUCGGCCGCCGUCCCCUGGUAUCCAACUCUCACAGUCGCUCCUUCACCUCCUUGGCAUGGAUCCGCGUUUUGUGGUCACUCGAGAAGAAUUCCACCAUGUCCAGGCGGACUUGAAGCAGGUCCAGUUCGUCCAGUCGAGCCACGCCGACAGGCUGUUACGGCUGGAGAAACGCCAGGCCGACGAUGCCGCCCUGAAAUCGGUCUGGAACUCGCCCUUCCCGAGCGUUUUGGGCGGCACACCUCAACACGGGCCGGUCCAUAUGCCUUCAAACGAGGUAUUUGACGAUCUGGAUGGCGAAGGCCAGAACCUGCUCGGGUCGCUGCACCUCGAGGCAGAUGAUGAGCCUACCAGGCGAGGUGCCGCGUCAAGAGCCAACAGCGUCCGGUUCGACGAAAGCGCCCUUCAAAGCUCGAGCUGGGGAGGGCAGGGUGGUCGUCAUUCUGGCGAGUUUGGCCCUGCACGUCCGGGCAGCGGAUUAGGAAACCAUGCGAUGAUGGAGCGUUCCUUUUCGCACAAGUCCGACGGUAGGCACAGCUCGGCAGGUCACUCUGUCCAUUCUAUGCAUUCUGGCGUUUCCGGGCGCGCAAGCAGCCUCGGUCUCGACACGAAUUUCGUUGUUGGGGGACGUGGCGAGGACUCUCCUUUGGACAUCCCCGAGCCGCCCCCAGGGUUCUUCUUUUUGGGCCCUGUACCCUCGAUAAUUCGCUGUUGGCUCAAUACCGAUUUCUGUUCUAGCACCCUCCUCUACGCUGCCGUGUGCACCGGCGCCAAGACAUCCACCGUGGAUUUCUCGUUGGUCAAGGAACUAGACCUAGCCGAUGACAUCCACCGGGACACGGAGGGAAUCCAUCGAAUAAGGCUCCCCGUAUAUCUGGCCGAGGCGAGAGUAACGCAGUCAAACUCCAGGUCCCCAAGUCCGGCCCCGCAGCUGCCCAGCAUUCAGGCAUCGUUCCAGGUCACCGGCAUUGAGCACACUGACCCGGCCGAGAUGAGCCGAAGAGUCCGCAUUUUCAUAGGUAGCGACACACUACGGCUGCACAGCGCGGAUAUACUCUUCUCCCAGAAUAUAAUGACGCUAUACGGCAAUGACAGGGACAAGCUUUCCGUCCCUCUCGUACGACCAGAGGACGACGCCGUCUUCAAGCACCUCUCCACUGCCCACAUUAUGCCUGAAAAGCCAAAGCUUAACGCUAGCGCCCCUGAGUUUGUCUCCACCGACAAUACUUCGAAAUCUGAUGUGCAGUCGACGGAUCCUGCUUCAUCGCAGCCGAAGAACAGUGAGAUAGACUCGCAACGCCCCCUCUCGAGAACUGGACGACAAUUAGGCCAGGCUGGCAAAGUCGCCCCUGCCAGUACCGCAUCUGAAAGUGGUGCGGAGAGUGAGCGACAGGCUGCGGAGUCGACUGCUCCCGAAGUUCCCGGAAGGGAUUCUGGCAAACACACUAGCAGCAGUCGCCGCGACUCCAGCACGGCUAUUUGGGGUCCAUGGCGUCAAGGCGCCUCGGGAAAUGGCGGCGAAAACGGCCCGAGGGAGAACGGGCCCCUGAGCGGCUAUCAGCCCGCCGCACGAGUGAGCCGUGGCAUGAAGAUCCUGAAGCCUUCCAAGUCCAGCGGGUCAUCAUCCACCAAGACGGGGGCUCCAUACGAGCCAGCUCCUUCUCGACGCGGUAGCGGCGAGCAUCGACGCAGAAGCCAGGCUAGCGCCUCCACUGCGGAGACCGGGACGGGGACCGGGACAGUCCGCUGGGACUCGAAACGGAGCAUCAGCGGGGUUCUCGGUGGCAAUGCCAGCAGUGGUGGGAGCAGCAAGCCGCCGGCCAUUAGCCAUGAUACGGCCAAAGGGUCUUCGGCAUCACGAUCUGCGAGUAACCCGCUCGGCAACGCCUCGGCGUUCGCAUCGUGGAUGGGUCAUGCAGGGAAACAUAAGACGCCUACACCUGCAGCAGAAUGAGGAUGCUGCAGUUGGGAUGCGAGGCAUAGCCCUUCUGAUGAAACAUGCCAUUAGGCUUAUCGAAAGUUGAUUUAAUCACUUUAGGUUAUUGUUUUUGGACGGCCCAGACCUUAGGUUAGGGCUAUGACAGAUACCUUUGGUACUGAAGAUAAUCAAAAAGAC